CUGCUUCUCACCCACCAACAACAAAACCACGGACUGCACAAAGGCUCGUUGUGUAACUGAAUUAGCGCUUUAGGCUCGCAUUGUGCAAAUACGCGUAUUAGAGGGCAAUGGCUGGAGCUGUCGGCUUCAUUAAGAAAUUCCUCUGCGGAUUGAGGCAGGGAGAGGGCUUUACAUAAUGACGUGUGCGCUUUUUUCUCGCGAAAUGGCCCUUUAAAAGUGUGCUUUCUUUUGGUCACCCCUGAGGCGCAGGCUGAGGAGCGAGCAGACGGUGAAUCCUGAGGUGUGCUCACCCCGUGCGUUCAGUCACAUAUCUGCAGAAUGGUGCCCGCUUAUCCGCUGCCAGAGGGCUUCUCUGAGCUCGACGUGUUCUCACUGGGAUCUUGUCUACUCGUGGAAGGUCUCCUCGGGUUCAUCUUGAAUUCUGUCACAGUUCUUGCUUUCCUCAAAAUACGAGACUUACGGACUCCCAGUAAUUUCCUUGUCUUCAUGUUGGCUUUAGCAGAUAUGGGAAUUUGUAUGAAUGCCACUAUUGCAGCAUUCUCCAGCUUUCUGAGAUACUGGCCAUAUGGAUCAGAAGGUUGCCAGACCCACGGCUUCCACGGAUUCCUAACUGCUCUUUCCAGCAUCCACUUCAUUGCAGCCAUUGCUUGGGACAGAUACCACCAGUACUGCACCAGGACAAAGUUGCAGUGGAGCCGUGUCAUCCCCCUGGCCAUCUUUAUCUGGCUCUUUACUGCUUUCUGGGCAGCCAUGCCAUUGAUUGGCUGGGGAGAGUAUGACUAUGAGCCACUGAGGACCUGCUGCACUCUAGACAUAAGCAAAGGAGACAGAAACUAUAUCUCCUAUGUGAUUCCAAUGGCCAUCUGUAAUAUGGGAAUUCAAACAUUCAUUGUUAUGUCCUGCUACAAAUCCAUUGACAAGAAAUUCAAGAAGACAGGCCAGGAUAAGUUCAGCUGUAGCACUCCCCUGAAGACCCUGCUGUUCUGCUGGGGCCCGUAUGGGAUUCUAGCCUUCUACGCUACUGUGCAGAACGCCAACCUUUUGUCUCCUAAACUGAAAAUGAUUGCUCCUAUUGUGGCAAAGACCUCUCCACUCUGCAACGUCUUUGUGUAUGCUCUCAGAAAUGAAAACUACAGAGGAGGAAUCUGGCAGCUGCUCACUGGACAAAAGAUUGAAACUCCUUCCAUUGACAACAAGUCCAAAUAAACCAAGCACACAAUAA